GACUCGUGUCUCACGUACCUGCAUGUGGCGCCCCUUAAAACGACAAGCUUUCCAAAGCGCAACGGCGAAGGAACGUUCCGCUGCAGGACUCCAGCAAGCCGCAGUCCAAGCUUUCCAUCAUCCCGAGCGAUCAACCACCCAGUGUUAAUUUACGCCGUUCUUCGCUCUCCGACAUGUCUUGUCACAAUACGGCUCCAGUGCAAAGAAAGAUGCCCGUAUAUCGAUGACGGCUGCGGUUUUUAUCGAAGCUCGCAAAGAUGCCGCGCAGUCGCCCAGCGGCCUCAGGCUACGCGCGCAUUGCGCAGGCUGAGGAGGAAGAGGACGAUGACCCUUACUUCGAUGAGGAGGAGCCGCUUAAUAGCCAUCGAGGUGUAUCCGCAGAGGAUGGAGAGUAUGCGCCAAUACAGCCAAAGCGCCGUGAGCGCAUGCAGAUACCGUCCGGCGCAUCGUCUCCGCGCCGGAAAGGGCGAAGGCGAGCCAAUUCUGGAGUUGAUAUUAAGGCUAUCAAUGCGCGUUUGGAACGAUGGGCGGAAGAGAUCAAAGAGCGCUUUAAGAUUCGACGAGUGAAGGGCAAGAGUGUGGAAGACGAGCAUCUCGAGAUAUACAGCUCGGUUUUCCAGGCACCGGAUUGGAUACGGCCAGCGACUAAGGAAACAUUACGCGACGACUACGAUGACAGCACCGAAAGGCUAUCCAAGCUUGAGUUUGAUGACCUGGUCGAGAGCGUGCGCACGGCGAUUGAGCUUGGCGUACAUCCAAAGCUCAUCACCCAAGGCAGUAGCGGCUCGUAUUUCGCUCGGAACAGUGGCGGGAAGACAGUUGGCGUCUUCAAGCCCAAGGACGAAGAGCCAUAUGCGAGCCGCAACCCGAAAUGGACGAAAUGGCUGCAUCGCAAUCUGCUGCCUUUUGCUUUUGGUCGUGCCAUGCUCAUACCUAACCUUUCCUAUGUCUCGGAGGCGGCUGCUUAUGUUCUGGAUUGCCAACUACGAACGAACAUUGUGCCAUAUACCGAUGUUGUGGGCUUGAGCAGUCAUAGCUUCCAUUACGACUUCUGGGAGCGCAGAGCGUACUGGAGAAAGCGGAGGCCUCUACCGGAGAAGCCAGGCUCGUUCCAGGUGUUUCUGAAAGGCUACAAAGGUGCGACUGAGUUCUUCCGAGAGCACCCCUGGCCGGACAAGUACAAUCGUGGGAUCGACAGUACGCCGGCCAUGACGACGAGAAGGAAGAAAGGUUGGGCGGACAGUUGCACGCCAGGCAGUACAGCCGUGGAAGAGGACGAGGUCGAGGACGGAGGCAGCGGGGCGACAACUGCCGAGCACAGUCGGACGAGGCCCGAGUUCUGGAACGAGGCAUUGCAAUUGAGCUUCCGUGAACAGCUGGAGAAGCUUGUGAUACUUGAUUAUGUCAUGCGCAACACCGAUCGCGGUACGGAUAAUUGGAUGAUACGCAUUGAUCGAGACAAGAACGAGGCGGAGAUUGUGGUUGAGCCGCCAAAGCAAGAAUAUCGGCCGGAGGAUGGUCAACCGAACGGAGAUGCUGAAGGCUACCGCAGGCGGCACGAGAGCAUGGGCCCUACCGCAACGUCCGGCGGCCCUGUGGAGAUCCCACGCCUUGGUGCCAUCGACAACAGCUUGUCUUGGCCGUGGAAGCAUCCAGACCAGUGGCGCAGCUAUCCAUUCGGCUGGCUGUUCCUUCCGGUGUCUCUGAUCGGUAGACCGUUCUCGGAGCGAACAAGGCGGCAUUUCCUACCCUUGCUUACGAGCAAAGAAUGGUGGACAGACACACAGGUCAGGCUGCGGAAGUGCUUCGAGCUUGACGUGGACUUCCAAGAGAAGAUGUUUGCACGGCAGAUGGCUGUGAUGAAAGGGCAGGCGUGGAAUGUAGUAGAGACACUGAAGACGCCGGAUCAUGGACCACUAGAGCUGACGAGACGGUCGAGAGUGCUAGUGUGGGACGAUGUCGUCGAAGUGCCGGUCGCAGUACCCAUGACCCGGCCUGAGGAGACGAGGCGCGCAACCGCGCAAACUGUACAGCCACGACCAAAGACCGUUGAAGAGGAGGAAGAGAUGGACAUCUCAGCGGCACAUUCAAGUGAGCCGGCGCUGUCCCACGAUAUUCUCGGGCUUUCUUCGCCGUCACACAACCGAACAGAGAACCCAUUCAACCAUAGUCGCCAAAAUAGUAGUCAGGAUGUUCGACUUGAUGGAGAGGUUGUAACAUCGUCUUCACCACACAAGGAGCUCACGUCUUCAACAUCACAUCUUCCGCCAACGAGCACUCGCCCGGGUCAUCUCCGCUCCUUCACGAGCCGGCCAGUCGCUAAAAGCAGGGUCUCCUACGAGAUCCCUCGCACCCCUGACCGUCGGUCUGCGGAACGGCGCAGAAGGUUCAGUUUCGCGGUCCGGAGAAGCAGCGGCUUUGACGAGCAAGAUGAAGAAGAAGACCUGGGCGAUCUCGGCUAUGCUGCUGUUGGUGAGCAGGAGAGUGCGAGACGCAAGGUGACUGUUGAGCGCUUGGAGAUGGUUAAGGGGAAGAAUCCAUUCUUCACUUGGUGUUAGUGAUCACGAGAUAUG